AUGAAUGUAUCCGAAAGCUUCAAAAAGGAAUAUGCAAUGGUACUAUUACAGCUCAAAGAAGCUAGUGAUCAGGUUGCUUCUGCUCUUGCAAAUUUGAGGCGACGCAACACAUACCCAGAGAAAAGAGGGAUUUUGAGGACGAAUAAUCGACUUCCUCUGCAUUGUCCUUCCUAUUACUUUGGUUUGUACAGUAAAAAGAAAAAAACUGUGAAGAAAGAUACUUCUUCUGAUGACAGUUCUGAUAUGCGAGUAAAAAAACACCGUGGAUCAACUGUCAGGGAGAAAUUGAGUAGGGAUUGUCACCUACAUUCUGAAGGAGAAGGAGAAGCAAAAAGAGCUUCAAUUACUUACUGCAUAACCUACAUUCUAAAUUGCAUCACCAAGCAUUCACCUCAGUACAUAAUUCUAAUGGUGGGGCGUAUAUUGAGAGGGAUUGCCACCUCUCUCCUCUUUUCAGCCUUCGAAUCAUGGCUUGUUGCUGAACACAACAAGAUGAAAAGAUAG